AUGGCUCAUAAAAACGGAGCCAAUCUGCUUGGAUCGAGACUGGGCAUCCAGACCCCGUGGAUCACGUGUCCACUUUCCCAGGCCUGGCGUGCUCCUCGGAAAACACUUGUUGGAAGGUGUCCAGAAGUGCCCGGGGCCCGCGCGCGCCCCAGUCGCACUCCCCGGAGGCUUCGGGACGCCGACCGGGCGCGGUCGCGCGGGGGCGGGGCUGGCGCUGACGUCGGCCGGGGGCGGGGCUGGGGAAUCGCGCAGGGGGCGGCGCGCGGUGACGUCGGGCGCCCGGGCGGAGCUGUGGCUGUCGUGGUGGUGGUGGUGGUGGUGGUGGCGGCGGCGGCGGGUCGCCGCCGACGCCCGGCGGGCAGCGGCAGCGGCAGCCCUGAGCAGGGUGAGACGGCCGCGGUGGCGGCAGCUCGGGGUCGGGCGGCGCCUGGAGCUUCCCGCCCGUCGCUGGCGCUAGGCCCCUCGGCUCUCCUCCGCCCGCUCCUCCUCACGGCCCUGGCUGGGUCCCGGCAGCGCGCCCCCGGGGAGGGCGGAGCCGUAGUAUUGAUCAUAGGUGGAGGAGUUACUGAUGGCCAUGGAGAAGGUAAAACAGGAGCUGGAGUCCAUGAAGGCGAAGCUGUCCUGCACUCAGCAGUCACUGGCAGAGAAGGAAACUCAUGUGACCAACCUUCGGGCCGAGAGAAGAAAACACUUAGAGGAAGUUCUGGAGAUGAACACAUGCAAAUGACAGUCCAGGCUCUCCAGGAUGAAUUGCGGAUCCAGAGGGACCUAAACCAGCUGUUUCAACAGGACAGUAACAGUAGGACUGGUGAGCCUUGCGUGGCAGAGCUGACGGAGGAGAACUUUCAGAGGCUGCACACUGAGCAUGAGCGGCAGGCCAAGGAGCUGUUCCUCCUUCGAAAGACUCUGGAGGAGAUGGAGCUGCGGAUUGAGACUCAGAAGCAAACCCUGAACGCUCGGGACGAAUCCAUCAAGAAAUUUCUGGAGAUGUUGCAGAGCAAGGGGCUUUCUGCUAAGGCUACUGAGGAGGACCAUGAGAGAACAAGGAGACUGGCAGAGGCAGAGAUGCAUGUCCACCACCUCGAAAGCCUUUUGGAGCAGAAGGAAAAAGAGAACGCUCUGUUGAGAGAGGAGAUGCAUCGGAGAUUUGAGAAUGCCCCCGAUUCUGCCAAAACUAAAGCUCUGCAAACUGUUAUCGAAAUGAAGAUGAGAACUUCCUAAGGAAUCUUAUGUGUC